AGCAAACGAGGAAGCGGAAGAAGAAGAGGCAACCGGGGAGCUCGCGGGGCAGGCAGCGGGUGGCGUUGCCAGGCGCCCGCCGGCCCGCCGAGGGGUUGCGGGUCGGAGAAGCCGCCCAGGGCGGCUGCCGGGAUCGGUUGCCCUGCCGCCGCCGCCGGUGCCGGAGGAUCCCCAUGCAUCAGGAUGACAGUCAAGCUGGGUGACCACAGCAGCAGCGUUGGAGCCUCCGAGGAAGGCCUGAGGAAGCUGGGCAAGCGAGGAGCCGCCGGCGAGGACGAGGGGUGCCCUGAAGGAGGAGGAUGUGGAGGAGACGGGGCCAAGAAAGGCGAGGAGGAGGGGACCCCUCAAGGAGAGACGAACGGGGGUCCCUCCUCGGGAGUCCCAGCCUCACCCCCGGCCUCGUCCUCCUCGGGACCACCACCGGCAGCCCCUGGCCACGACCAGCAUCACUUCCUCCGGUCCAGCGUCCGGCCGCAGAGCAAGAGGCUGAGGAAGGAUCCCCAGGCAUCCUGUGCAGCGGCCAGCAGUGGAACGGGCAGCAGUGGGGGCAGCGCUGCCCCCACGGGAAAAGGAAAAGGUGCAGAUAAUGGCGGGACGUCAUCUGGCAACUCCUCAGGAAUCCCGUCCAGCACCCCGGCCGGCAGUUCGAAAUCAGGUUCCAGGAACCUGAGCACAUCAACCGGAGAAAAAGAGGAAGGCAAGAAAGUGAGGCGUCAGUGGGAGUCCUGGAGCACGGAGGAUAAGAACACCUUCUUUGAAGGCCUCUAUGAGCAUGGCAAAGACUUUGAAGCGAUUCAGAACAAUAUUGCCCUGAAGUACAAGAAGAAGAGCAAGCCCGCGAGCAUGGUGAAGAACAAGGAGCAGGUCCGGCACUUCUAUUAUCGCACUUGGCACAAGAUUUCCAAAUACAUUGACUUUGAUAACGUGUUUUCUCAAGGGCUGAAAAAAUCCUCCCUUGAGCUUUAUGGCUUAAUUUGUUAUGGGGAGCUCAGAAAGAAGAUUGGGGGCUGCAUGGAUGACAAAAAUGCAGCUAAACUCAAUGAGCUGAUCCAAGCUGGAGCUACAACGGUUCGCUACAAAGGCAGGAACCUUCGUAUCAAGGCCCCCAUGUGCCGGGCUCUGAAGAAGCUCUGCGAUCCAGAUGGUAUAAGUGAUGAGGAAGAUCAGAAGCCUGUCCGUCUUCCCCUGAAGGUCCCUGUGGAACUGCAGCCACGGAACAACCACGCAUGGGCCCGUGUGCAGAGUCUGGCCCAGAACCCACGUCUCAGAAUGAUCGUGGAGCUGCAUCGGAAGGUAUCCAGCCUCAUUGAAUUCCUGAAACAGAAAUGGGCUCUCCACGAAGUGCGUAUCAGGAAAACGCUUGCCGAGAGGCAGCUGCAGGAUUGCAGAGACGCUGAAACCAGCAGCAGCUAUUCCGAAGAGAAAACAACGCUUCACCUCUUCCCGGGGGAGAACUGCACGCUGGCGCCCCUGCCCGAGGUUGCCCGCGUGGUGCACUCCAAAGCCUUCUGCACCGUGCAUUGGCAGGAAUCGGGGCGCUGCAAGCAGAGUACGAAGGACGUCCACCUGUUGCCCCCCGCCCAAAUCCUCGGCAUACAGAGCGGUCAGGGGACAGCCAGAGGGCAGGUGAAAUACUCGCGGGGGGUAGAAAAUAAGGGCGGAGCCAAGCCCGAAACUGCCACGGAAGUGAGCAAAGCUCCCCAGUUGAUCCUUGACCCCGCCCCGAACCCGGACGAUGGCUCCCGCGAACCUGGGCUCGCCGAAGGAGGAGCCUCCUCGGAGCCCAGUGUCGCCAGCCAGCUCCCCAAACCGCCCACUGAGCUUCAGGACCCGAGUGGAAGCCUGGAGAAGCCCAUCCCAGUGGCCGAGAGCAGAGAGGCGGUGCCUGCCGUUGCCUUGCCCACCGAGGUAGACGCCGGCCGCGCCAAGUGCAGCUGUGUUGAUCUUCCGCCAGAUUUGGAAGAGCUCUCCCUGCUCGAUCCCUUUCCCCGUUACAUGAAGUCCUGCCACGACCUGAUUGUCCCCGAGAAGUGUCUGUGUGUGGAGAAGCUGGAUCGAAAAGAGGGGGUUGCCUUGCCGGAAAGCUCUCCUCCCGGCGGGGUUUUCCCUGGCGGCACGGAGACCAGCAGCCACAGCCCCACACAGCCGGCGAGCGGUAGGGCAGACAUGCCCAAGGUUGGCCAUCCGUCCGCUUCCGAAACUCAGGCCUUCCGCUGCUCCGGACUUCAAGCGGAACCCUGUGCGAAGGAGCUCCAUGACGUCGUAAUGGAGGAUUCUCAGGAGAAGAUCAACACCUCAUUGCCGCCACUGCCGCCGCCGCCUCCACCCCCACCUCAGGGACAGACGGUCUCAAAGUCCCCCAAGGACGACCCCAGCCGCCUCGCACAGCAAGUGCGGGAGAAGGGAUGGAGUCUGCGGACCUCUGAAAGCCUUACCUUGGCUGAAGUCUACCUCAUGAUGGGCAAGCCGAACAAAUUGCAGCUAGAAUACGACUGGCUGGCAGUCUUGGGGCAGGAAACCCAGGAUGCCGGGGAGCCGGUCACUGAACCGAAAUCUGUUCCUCCCUCGGCCACUUUUCAUAAACAGAAACUCCUCAAUUGCCUCUUGAAACUCAUUUCUUCUGAAGUUAACCCCAAACCGAUCCCUGAAAUGAAUUCCGUUGCAACCUCCCCCAUCAAGCCUAUUCAAGAGGAGCAUGCUUUGACACCUCCCGGGAAGGUGAUUGCCAUUAGCACCAGGAGUCCGGGCUGUGCUCGCAAUCAACCUGCGCUUCAUAAGAAGACCUUUUCCCCCAGUGCCACUCCCAACUCCUCAGGUUUCCAAAAUCCUUCUAAACCCCUCUUGGUGGCUAGUUGUUCUUCAAGUUCCAGCAACCCUGAUGCCGACGGCGGCCUCUUUGCCAUCCCCACAACCCUCCCACCGAACAGCAGGCAUGGGAAGCUUUUCUUGCAAAACAAGGAAGCAGACCUGAGCUUCCGCCAGUGCUUGGAUACUAUCAGUAUGCAAUCGGAUUUUUUCUUGCCAAAGCCAAGAAAACUACGCAGCAGACACCUGCGGAAGCCGCUGGUUGUUCAGAGGACUCUGCUUCCUAGACCUUCCGAAAACCCUUCCCAGCAUGUUUGUUCCUUUUCCAUCUUAUCAAACUCCUCCAUAACAGGAAGGGGAUCUUUUCGGCCAAUCCAGUCUUCGCUGACUAAAGCUGCCGUGUCACGCCCCAUUGUUCCCAAAAUCCUUCCAGCUCAAGCCACCAAUCGCCUGUCUAGCGCAAUUGAUUUGGCGGCUAAAUCAGCCGGUAUUAUCCCCGGCAGUCCGUUGCCACUUCUGGGGACCGAAGGCUUGCCAGGUGUUUCCCCGCUCUCACCAGAGGCAGUAACCACCGUGGUUGGAAGUCAAGACUCCACAGUGGCACAUCAGAACGGAAGUUCCAUAGCAACAGUGGCGGGUUCAAGACAUGAAUGUCAGGUUCCUUUCCUUGGUCUACCAUCCCAGCCUGAGGAGGAAGCCAUUCCUGACGGCUUCCAGGGAACGCCGGUCCUCUCUCUGCCAGAGCUGCCUAAAACAUCUCUCCAGAAUGGUCUUUCUUCCUCUCCGCUUCCCUCUUCUGAGACAUCCAGUACCCGUCUGUCUCCCCCCAAUGUCUCUGCUCUCCUUGACAUCUCUCUUCCUGGACCCCCCGAGGAUGUUUUGUCUCAGGGAGAACCGGCUACUCAAAUCAGUGACUCCAUCAUUGAAAUAGCCAUUAGCUCUGGCCAAUACGGUGAGAACGUUUCCCUGUCCCCAGCCAAGCUGAACGGUAGCGAUAAUUCCAAAAGUCUUCCGUCCCCAUCCUGCAGCCCCCAGCAGAGUUGGAUCGCUUCGCCCAGCCAUGAUCCACAGUGGUAUCCCAACGACUCCACCGACUCCUCGCUCAGCAGCUUAUUUUCCAGUUUCCUUUCUCCGGAGAAGGGCAGGAAAAUGCUGCCCACCUCAGUGGGCAACCCAAGCAGCACCACCUUGUUGGGACCCAGUCUGCUGGAUGGGAAUUCACGGGAUUCUUUCGUCUCUCGGUCCAUGGCUGAUGUCGCUGAGGUGGUAGAUUCCCAGUUGGCCUGCAUGAUGAACGAGAACAGCAUUGAUUACAUAUCUCGGUUCAACGACCUUGCCCAGGAGCUCUCGAUCCCCGAGCCGAGCCGCCGAGAGAUUCUCUUUGACGGAGGGAGUGGCGGCCCCCCUAUUGGCGACCUCUCUCAGUGAACACAUCCCACCAGCGGGCUGGUGGGUGCCGGUGAAUUGGCCAUAACAUGGAGGAAUGACGUCAUAGCUAUGCAGCGGAUUGGGGGGGGGGUUAAUUUUUUUUUUUUUAAAAAAAAUUCAUUGUCCUGGCGGGAGCACGCCUGAGAAGAAGAGAGAGGUUUUCUCUUCAACCUUCUACGGUUCUUGGAAACUGCAAUAGGCUGGGAACAAGACAGUGUGGAGCAGUAUUAUAGGAAGUGACAUGUGUAAAGUUUAAAGCAAAGUUUACAAGGCAGCUCCAGGUUUUAAGGCCUGAGCAAGAAGUCCCACAAAACUACAUCCUUUAGAUGUUGUCGGGGUAUCCACAAAUAAGCUGAAAGUUGCGGGGGGUAAAUGGUGGUGUGUUUUUAUUAAAUUUUCCUUUUUUUAGAACUUCCUCUCCUGGUCUGUCAUCGUGGUCUUGUUGGCAAGUCAGUUGAGAGCUGGUAUUCCUGGCACUUUCCUCGUCACAACAGCAGCUGAAUUCCACAAGGCUUUUAAACAGAAUUCUUUCAUCCUUUCUUUAUAUUCAUUAACAUUCCAACAGGACACAAGGAGG